GUCUGCUCUUUACUCUCCCUGCUCUCCUGUUUCAGCCAGUCUGUCUGCCCUCUAGCGUAGUACUCUCCUUUCACUCACCACUAUUCAUCACCAUUUAGGAUACACUUACACAGACCCACGCAGGUAGACAGAAUACUGUCCUAGUGGACUGAAGAGUUUGCGUUUGGCUGAGGGAUGCAGAUAUAUGUUCAUUACCUUGGAAAGAGCUAGAAAGUGGGGAUCUGUAGCAGUGCUGUUGAAGCUGAAGUUUUCUCACCACUACGGUUUUUGUCCCAAAGGAUACCACACGCAGCUGCAGAGAGUCGUCCUGCCUGCUCUGCAGACUGCGCUGCACCGCCAUCGCCUGCCUGGUGUCAGGCAGGCUCUUUAUCACCAGGAGGCUGCCAGCUCCAACUGUAGCAAACACAAGUCGAUGACUGAGAACUUUGCCUCCCAUGAUGGACAAGAAAAGUGCCAACGGCUUUCAGACCAAGGCCAGCGAGGGCGGUGUUCAAAGGAAGCAGCUGCCCUACUCAGUGGAAACUCCCUAUGGCUUCCACCUGGACCUGGACUUCCUCAAGUAUGUUGACGAUAUUGAAAAAGGCAAUACUAUCAAAAGGGUCCACAUUCAGCGCAGGGUCAAGGGCCCACCUAAAUUCAGCACUUUGCCCAGAAAUUUCAGCCUUCCUGGGCAUGGGGCCAGGCCUGUCCCUAAGGAAAAGGAUAGUACAUGGUCUGGGACAUCCACCCUAGGGCCCAAGCCUAAAUCACGGGUGACAGAGGUCCAACAGAUCUUUGACUUCAGGGCAAGUGAAGGGGGAACUUCUAGCCAGAGCAGCAGGGGGACAACUAGUCAGGGAACUGGCUACGUUUCAGCUAAGCCCAGAGAUGAACUAGGAGCUGGGGCUCAGGAUGUUGAAGAGAAAACUGUGGGGAUUCAAAGUCGGCCAAACCUGCUCCGAGCAUCAAGCAUGCCCAUCACCCUACAGCAGCGGAAAGGUUCUGAUUCAAACAGUCCAGACCGUAUUGUGGGAACACCGGAGAGUGGCUCAACAGAGAACAUGUUCCGUGCUUCACCAGACAUAACAGAGAGACGGUGUGUUCCCCAGGAUCGGACAGGGCUUCACCAGCAGAUCACAGUGGCACUGAAACGGGUCAGAGAGCUGGAAGAACAGGUCAAAACCAUCCCAGAACUAAAGGCUCAGAUCUGCUCACUGAGGGAGGAGAGGGAGCAGCUACUGCUUCAGCUCCAAGCCCAGGCCCAAGCCCAGGUUUCCACAUCAUCCUCUACAAUAGCACAGAGUUCUGAUUCUGGGACACACACUCAGCCACAAGGACACAGACCUUCAGAAGGGCUUAACUUAGCUCUGAUGACUCAACUUACUGGAGGUUUAGAAGCUUCAGAAGGUGUGCCAGCAAAGCCAGUAACAGGGAAAGAGAAACAAAGUGUGACAGAAAAAAGUACAAUGUUACAAAAAGAGAGGGAGAUAAAUCAGGAAUCUGUCAAGAGUUCCUCAGCACAUGGAGAAAUGGGUGGGUUGUCAGAGAAAGAAUCAGAGAGACAAACACAGCAGUCAGAAAAAUCAGACCAACAGAAAGAGACAUUAGAGAGUCCACGUAAGCAUGCAGUGCAAAAGCUUUCACAGGACAUUACAGGACAAGAAUUUACAUCACUUAGAGUGGUUGUAAAAAAUGCAGAUACUAGCAGUAUUCAAGAUGAUAAUGCAGCAAAAGGAGGAAAACUUGAGGAUCCAGACAGUAUGAAGCUGCAGGAGAAACUAAUGACACUGGAGGCUAAACUUACUCAGGCUAGCCAAGAGCUGGAGAGAACUAACACUCUUUUGAAAGAACAACUAGAGGAAAACAAGGUAAAAGAGGAGAGAAUACUACAACUGAGUGAUGGAAUGAGAGUGGAGGUGUGUACUACAGAAGCACACAGCAGGCCGAGAAGAGAGAGUAUUGACACAGGGACAGAGACAGAGAAAGUUGAUUUUUCUAACCAAGAGACAGAGACAGAAUCACCUGGUACGGUAGAUCAGGGAACAGAUACAGAUAGAAUCUGUAUUGAAGUGUGUAUACCCAAACCAAGGACUAGAAGUAUGGAUCAAGAGACUAAUAAAGUUGACACACAUGAACAGGUAACAGACAGGCAGAAGGCAGAAGUUGCUGCUUUGAGCCCACUGAGACCCAGAGCCAACAGCAUGGAACGGGGUACAGUAACUGAGAGGACUGCCACUCAGGAUCAGAUGACAGAGACACCCGUAGUGGAAAGGGUAAACCGAGUAACAGAAACAGAGGGAGAGACAGUAACAGAUCAUCCGCAGAGACCAAGGGCCAGCAGUGUAGACCGGGGGACAGAGACAGAGAGAGUCGACACUGUGGACAGGGUGACAGAGACAGAGGAAGCACAGAGGUUAGACCAGCAGACUGAGACAGAGAUAGACAGACGACAGGAUAACAAUCCAGGCAGAGAUGGAGAAGCAGAGAGUCAAAUGAGAGAAAGUGCAGGCAGCGAGAGAGUAGAAGAUGCAGGUACUGUGGUCAGUGAGAGGGUGGAAGAUAAUGAAGCAAAUAAAAGAAUUCAAAGAGAUAGUGGAAACAGUGAAAGUGUGGUCAUGAAAGUUGUCACAGAGAGUUCAACUGCAGUUAUAGAAAGCAGAGUUGAACAAACUGUAGUUUCAGAUAUUCUAAGCCAGGAUGAAGGCUGUACCAGUCCACUUGUUGCAGCAGGAGAAAAUACAGAAUCUAAGAUUGAAACAGUUAAGGCACAGAAUGACUCAGAAUCAAAAGAAAUUAUACCCCCAAAGAGUGAAGUAACAGAAAUUGUUGAAACAAAGCAGAUUGCACUGGAGACUGCAGAGAAGAAACAAACAGCAGAAGGUGAGAUUGUGUGUGCAAUGAUCAAAGAAACUGUGGUCAUUGACACAGUUGUAGUAGCAGAAGAGAAUGGAGCUGUGAAGACAGUAGCUCCUGUACGACCCCAGAGAGGCCGAAAACCCUCGGCAGAGCAGGCACAGCCAUCACCUCCUCAACUUCAGGCUGCACCUGUGCGUCCUCAUAGGGGAUCCAUUGAAACUCAAGCCAAGCAGUCCCAGCCCCAGACAAAAACCCAGCCCCAGGUACAGGUACAAGGUCCACCUCAGCUCGAGGCCCAAACCCCAACACCGCUCUUUGAACCACAGGUAAAACAUCCAGCCCCAUCUCUGUCUCAGGCUGAGGACCACACCCUAGUAAAGAGACCUCCUGGGGAGUCCAGUGAGAAACAAUCUCAAUCACAACCUCAGACUGAGACUCAGGGCCCAUCUCCAGGUUCCAGUGAAGUCCAAAUCCGGCCUAAAUCAAUUCAAGCACAGUCUCAGUCUCAAACCACUGCAACUCGACGGGACUCCAAAGAGCUUAAAGCACCACAGAGGGGAUCCAGUGUAUCACAUCCUAGUCGUGGAUCAGGAGAAGCCCAGACCCGCCCAACUCGCCAGGGGUCAUGUGACACCCAACCUCAGUCUCAGAGCUCUCGUAGAAGUUCCAGUGAGACUCAACCCCCUCACAAAGAUACCAGCGAGACACAAUCACUGCGCAGAGGCUCCAGUGAAACAUCCCAGCGUCGUGGUUCAAGUGAAGCCCAGGCCUCACGUCGGGAUACUGGCGAUGCCCAGCCUCCUCGCAGAGGCUCCAGUGAGUCACCAACAUCGCCUGCGGCUUUGGGCCAAGUUGUAACACGGUUAACAGGGCUUCUGGGGGAGCAGUGGGCACAGCUGGGGAGUAGCUCUGGAACUCAACAGACGGCCAGCCAGCAGGAGAGCCCUAGCACACAGAAACAGACGCCAGGGAAAAGAGCAGAAGCAGGCAAAGGAGCAUCAGCCAAGCCUGCAGGGAAAGCAGUCCCUGCAGCAACAACAGGGAAACCAGCAGGGAAGCCUGGUCCUUCCAAAAUGAGCUCUAUUCAAAGUCAACUGGUCAGCUCCCUCAGUGUCCUCUCUGCCUUCUACUCACCAGGCCAGAAAGCUGCUGCAGCCAGCAAACAGCAACAACAAGGUCUCAAAUCUAUUAUGAAGAAAAAUGGUGUUGCUGACAAGCAGGGGAACAAGGGAGCCAAGAAAAACCUGAAGUUUGUUGGGGUGAAUGGAGGCUAUGAGACGACAUCCAGUGAAGAGUCCAGUGGAGAUGAGAAGUCAAAGGUGGAGGUGGAGGAGGAAGACAGCUCAGAACCAGAGGUAGAAAAGGAAAAGGAGAUGGAGCCUCAGCCAGCAGAGAAGUCAGAGGAGGGAGCAGAGACCCAGCAGAAGGAUGAAGAGGUCUCAGCAGAGGGAGGAGGUCCUGUGUCUCCAGAGAAGGAAGGUGAAAGAGGCCUGCUGGAUCCAGAGGGCAGCCAGGAGCUCCUGGAAGAACAGGCUGAAGGGGAGAAAGUUGACAAGGGUUUUAUAGACGCCUGCCUCUAUGUAAAAGACCGUAUGGAAGAGGUUUCAUCCCCAGAUAAAGAAAUGCGUCAGGUUUUAGUGGUGCUCUACCAGGAGUGGUUCAGGGUCUCCAGUCAGAAAGACUCACAGGCUGAUACCGUCAGAUUAUACCUGCGACAAGUGGGCAUGACCACACCCACUCUCCUGCCAUAUGUAGUUAACUUGACAGACGGCAAUGGGAAUAUGGCCCUUCACUACAGUGUGUCGCAUUCAAACUUCCCUGUGGUCAAACUGCUGCUGGAUACUGGUCUAUGUGAGACAGACAAUGUGAACAAGGCAGGCUAUACUCCAGUGAUGCUCGCUGCACUGACGGCUGCUGAGACGCCUGAUGAUCUGGAGGUGGCACAACAACUGUUGAAACUGGGUGAUGUCAAUGCAUGCUCCAGACAGGCAGGCCAGACGGCACUCAUGCUUGCGGUGAGCCACGGCCGCGUUGCCAUGGUGAAGCUGCUCCUGAGCUGCGGCACGGAUGUAAAUGCCCAGGACCGCAAGGGCUCCACGGCUCUGAUGUGUGCCAGCGAACAUGGACACACACAUAUCGUUCGUCUGCUGCUGGAGACAGGUCGCUGUGACACCAGCCUCACAGAUAAGAAUGGACAGACAGCACAGUCGGUGGCAGAGGGAGCCUCCCACCAAGACAUAGUUGACCUUCUGAAGGCCCACGCUGAGACCCGAGCCUCUGAGCCCCCAUUUACCACAGACCUCCUCUGAGCCAGGCUGACCUUGUUUACUUCUACAAACCACUUCAGCUAGCCGAUCCCCAGCUCUUCAAUUGCCAAGACCCUCUGCCCACCAACAAAGACGGAAAAUGUUGAAUUAAGGACAUGGUGACACCAUACAAGACGCUGUGUGACCAGUGGAAAAAUUGUUUACCGUGGAACUACAUAUAAACCUCUGAGACUGGAGUGUCCAGCAAUGUACGGCCACAUUUUUCUUCUACAUCUCUGCCAACAUGCCCCGUGGGUGUUUGUGGAUAUGCUGCAUCAACCACUCAGUGGACAGACAACAAAGGGGGCCAGUCGGAUUUAUGAUAAGACAUUGCCACAGUGACAAGUGUGGUUGACAGGAUUUUACUUAGGGGACAGGGUUAGAAUAUAAAGAGGGACCAGGGAUGGACAGACUAGCAAGUGGAUGAAAAGAUACUCUGACGAACUGCUGCUUCUUAUCAUCAACAACUAUCUCUUCAAGCAAAAUACUAAGCACAUGAUCUACCUUUCAAAUAUACAAUAUUAAAUAUGACAUUGUUUCUGUUUUUUCUUUUGUGACCUUGACAUCAUUCUUGUAAUAUUUGGACAUAAGCCAUUAUUGAGAACAUAGUAUAUGUAGAAUGUUAUUCUAACAGAUUAUAAUCAUAUACAAACACAGAAAUUGUAUUUUCUACUGCACUUUUUUAUUGUGUUUGUGUACAGUAAAUAGUCAUCUCUAAUAUCGAUGUCCAGAAGAAACCAUAUAUCUCCAAAAGUGCAAAAAUUGAAUAAACGUUUAGAACUUCUGGUCAAAGUUCCCAUCAUUCAGUGGAUAUCUGACAUAAUUUAAUGUAUUGUUUUUGCCAUAGUAAUGAUGUUUUUCAAAUUCACAUUUCAUCUGUGAAAUACUGAAAAACAAAUGGUUUAGUUGGAGAUAAAAUGUUUCUGUUGGACACAAAAGAAAUGAUUUUUAUAACCACAGUAUAACCAGAUUAAAGAAAGACAAAAGUCUUCUGAUAAGAAGAUUGUACUGUUCAGAAGGUGCUGCAUGCCAAUACGCAGUUACUCCCCCUACUGGCUGUCUUAUAGUACUAAAUAACAGUAUGUUGUAAUACUGUCUCUUCUCAUGAUUAACUCAUGAUUCUCUCUCUCUUCUUCCCUCAGUUCAAAUAUAAUGUGUGUCUUGUUUGCCUGCUCGUUUCAAAUCAAAUCAUGUAUGCAACUGCUACAAAAUGCACAAUGAAUGUCAGGCUGGUUGUGAUACAUUCCAAGAAAAAAUGUAGCAAGUCUAACUGUACUGGCAUGAAUCAUGGGACUAACAGAGGCAUAGUCAUAGACGUAGUCAGUGUAUAUGGCAGACAUAGGAAUGAGUCUUGAUAUUUUUACUAUGUGCAACUAAAGACAUUUAAUCACUAAAAAAAUCUGGAUUACAGUGAUCUGAUCUGCCCGCCUUCAAGUUACUAACGACAGCACAAUUUGUCCCUGUCUCAAGGCAUACAUGUACAUAUGGUGAACUGACAAGAUGUUAAAACCAAAAGUAAUGGGUUGUUUAUGGCUUUCAGUCCUAAAAGAAGCAAUAUUAAUGAAAUACUACCUUUUCAAUCAGAAACUAGGUAGGGAGAGUGGCUUUGCUCUAGCCUUAAUCAGAUGACCAUCCUACAUUUUAGAGGUGAGAUGUGUUUCAGGGAGUGUGGUCUUUUUCUUCUAUUUUCCACAAACCUACACCCAUAUUCCUAAAGUAUCUUAAAACAGGAGUACUGGUCUGAUAAAAUGUUUACAACUUAACAGCUCCCCUUCAGUGACCCCUGCAGAAAUCCCCCAAAUGACCAGCAGGUCAGGAAGUUUACAGGAAACAAAGGGAUCAAUCAUUUUACCAGUAAACAGGCAUCUGGAGGAGAGUUUUCACCCUUCUGGAGAGGGAUCAUGACUGGUGGAUGUAACAAUACUAAAGUCGACAUUUAGUAUUGCAGUUCCAUGAUGUUGGGGAACCCUCAAGAGACAUGAAAAAAAAAAAAAAGAAUGGUCAAAAUGGAAAUAGCAGCAUACUCCAAUUAUCCUAAUGCAACCAAUGGCAGUCUCCAAGAUAACCCUGAUGAGGGUUAUUUUAACUGACUUUAGGAAGCUCCUCCAGAGAAGACAUACAACUGUUUUCACAACCUGAGUAAUACUCCUUUAUGUGUAAAUUUGGUGCAGUGCCUCUUUAAAUGGUGACUGGGGUUUGCAGGGGUUACUGAAGGUAGAAUUUAAAGGGGAAUACCACUCAUUUUAACAACUGCCAUAUAUGUGGUCUAUGAUGGUCCAGUCUGCAUUUACAGUCAGAAAAUGAAUCACUUUCAACAGAGGCAAGAUUGUGGUCCAAGACUCAGAGCACAGUGAACUCUGGAGAAUCUUCAGCAUUUGUUUUUACCUGACAAAUCAGACACCUCAGCUUUUAUUAUUACUUUUAGAAAGCUGGAUUUGAAAUGUAUUGGUUUGUUUUAGUCAUGAUAAAUCAAUAUUGACAUGCCUACAGUACAUUGUGCUGACUUCUAAGCUGAAUUAAACAACUUGUUUUCUGAGAUGAAGUGUGAUCAGACCACUGAUCCUGCACCAGUACUCGCUCUUUCCCAGACACUUUAUUAAUGUGGGUUCUAAUAUGGGACUAUAAAGACUGAUAUAAGAUAGGCCUAUUAUAUAAAACAUCAUGAUUAUACAGCAGUAUAUACAGUGGCUGCAUUUACUUAGCAACAAUGGGAAUUUUUCAACAGUGGCUUAGUAAUCAGAUCACCAUCAUUUGUUGAGUCACAAAGUAGCACAGAUUUUCUCAGCAAUGAGGCUGCAUUUACACAGGAUCAUAAACUCUGAAUUAUAACUCUGUGCAGCACAUCUGAUCGUUAUUGGUUGUCUGUAUACCAAGGGCCGAAGAUUAGAGUCUGUGUAGCGUGCCUGUGUAUUAAGUCUUAAAGUGAAUUGCGUCCAUAUGUUUAAUCCAGUGUGACCCAGAUGUAAUAAGGUUUCAUAACUGGCUCAACAACCAAAGAACUGAAAUCAAAUCUGUUUCACAUGGGGUUAAGUAUAUAGUUUUAUCUGUCCCUGUAAAUUCAGCAAAAUACAUGUACAUACAGUAUUGUGAAAAAUAUAUAACAAGUAUUGUCUGACAGUUUGCUCUAAAAAUUAUAUUAAGUAUUUAUUCCAAAUUAUAUAUUUUUUACCAUAUAUAGUAUACUUAUGUAUGCAUGGACAAAUAUUCUGGUGAUUCUGUUGAAGGGGAAUUUGAAUGAUUGGAAAUUAUGCUAUUAUGAGUGUUCCCUGAUGAUGUGAUUAUUCAGCUAAUGUUUGAUUGGUUGGGUGGUAUAGUACGUGUGAUUUGACAAGGUUGUGUGUCAUGUGCCCUUUAAUGCUAACUUUGACAUUCGUGGAGAAAGUAUGAAGCAGAUUUGACACUGGCUUAAGCUAUAUGGGUAACGUGUCCCUUGUUUGAGUACCCAUCUGAAACUCGAAGUGUAUGUAUGACAGAGUCAAAUGUAAAAACCUGUACCUCUCUAAAAUAUUCCUUGUACAAUGGGCUUAUAUGUUACAAACCAGAAAACUACUUCUAAAUUAAUAAAUGAAGAUUAAAACUUA